CCCGCCCCGCCGCGCUGCGCUUUUGCUGGGCGCGGACUCUUCAACAUCGCCAGUGCGAGCCGCGCCGGGUGCCGCGCCGAGCGGGCUGGAGGCGGCGGCGGCGGCGCCGCUGUGGAGAGCCUGCCGGGUGCAGAGGUUUGCUGUAAACUACCUACUGUAGCUAUAAUGACACCAGCCCUCAGAGAGGCAGCAACAAAAGAUCAUGGUAUCCACUUGUCACCUUCUUUGUCCUCUAGAGCUAUGGAGUCUGAUACAGCUUUGUGCAUGGAAAAUUCCAGAGCAGUGGAAGAGAAGAUAAAAGAGGACUCCAUCGCACAGAUUACUUGCUCAGUCCUGGGGUUCCCCACUGCUGAGCCCAACCUCAGGAAUGAUAUCUUCAGUGUACAGCAUUUUGGUUCCCCACCAGCCUCCAAGCGCUACCAGUCUAUCUUGUUAAUGAGUACAAAUUCUGCAUUUAGCAACAAAACUGGUAAGCAAAUGAAAGCAGGAGAGCCCGGCUGCUCCAAGAUGAGAAGGUCAUUACAUAAUGGUGGUGACACAUCAUUUGGUCAGAUUAGUCACUCAGAACCUGAGCAACAGGUCAAAGGGGCGAUGUUUUCAGAGGCCGCAUCUCCAAACUUAGCAGGAACGCAGAGACUCUCAAAUUCAAAUGUAACUGAAUCCAGUAAUGCAGAAGAAAUGCAACUUUUAAAUGGUAAAUGGUACAAGAAGAAUGGGUUUUUGGGUAGGGCUUUGGAAGUCUGUGCUGAAACAAUAAAAGGGGAUUUAUUUUACCAAAUUCUUCACGGGCCUUCUGAAGGGAUGUUGAGCUGCACCCAGGAGGAGGUGUAUGCUCGUUUACUCCAGUGUGUCACUAAGCAACAAAUGGAAAUCAGUCGCGCCAAAAGAACUCAGAAGCGUUUACAAAUGCUCCUGGCAAAGCAUGUUAUCAAACACUGUGAUCAGCAGCUGAAAUGCUUCGUGAAACAUCAGCUUCAGAGGAUGAAGUUCUUCCAUGAGCCAACCAGAUUUUUGAGCAGUAGCUCCCUCAGGUGCACUGAAAGUUGGCCAGAAAACAAUGCGACUACUUUGGAGAGUAUUUUGAGUGCGGACGUACAGAACGGAAUUAGCGUUGCACCAGGUGAACUCCGGGGGUUUGCACUUUCUACCGGAGGGCUGCUGUCUCGCGUGGAGAAGGACCUGGACUCUGAUGCAACAUGUAGCAGUUCAGAUGAAGAUGGUGAGGAACAGACUGUAAGAACAACCAUGGAAGCCAGCUAUACUUCUGAAUGGAAGUGGCUUGCAGACAGAGCUAGAAUUGGCAGCCGUUGGACAUGGCUUCAAGCCCAGAUUUCAGAACUAGAAUACAAAAUUCAACAACUAACUGACCUUCACAGGCAGAUACGUGCCACCAAGGGGAUGGUGAUCUUAGAAGAAUUCCCAUUUCCAAAAGACAUUCUGAAGAAGCAAAUACAAUUGACAGACCAAGAAGCUUUAUUAAACGCCACAGGGAAUUCGCAAGCUGCCAUUGAGAGACAGGAUUCUUUGCCGGAGCAUGACUUUGAAAUGUCACCCAGCAGUCCUACUCUGCUUUUACGAAACAUAGAAAAACAGAGUGCACAACUGAGUGAAAUCAUCAGCAGCCUAAUUGCUCCUCUCAAUCUGUCUCCAGCUUCUUCAUCUCUUUCCUCCAAGAUCUAUAGGCACAGACAGCUGGUCAAUGGCAUCUCCUUCAGAGCUUCAGACAACAGAGAGGUAUCCUCUUCAAGCAGCUGGUUGCUUGAUCAUCAGCACAUCAAGAAAAGAAAAAGAGACAGGACAAGACUAAGAUCUGUCUCUGUGACUAAUGUGAGCACAUCUGCCCGUACAAGGCCGCUUCAUAGUUUCCAGAAGAGGAAACUCUACAGAAUGCACAGUGCCUGUCACUGGAAUCAGCAGACUUUGCCAUGUAGAGAUGCCUCCUUUCCAUAUAAAACUCAGUUGCCAAGUGUGGUGCCAGCCUCCACUUUGACCAGCAGUGAGUACAGCACAGAAUCUAAAAUCCUAGAUUAUGUGCAAGAGCUGGACGCUUCCUUCCAUCCAGUCUUAUCAUUCCCAUCUGAUAUUCCUCUUCACAUAUACUUUGAAACAUUAUUAAGGAAGGAUGACAUCAAAGGAGAACCUGUUGAUACCUCAUCUUUGGGAGGGGAGUUUAAAGUAUCCUCUGACAGUGACUAUAAUCAGCAUCAUGUUUCUGUCAAACAAUGGAGCAGUGGCUGUUUAUCUAAUUCCAAAUCUCAGUUGGUGUCAGGAACAUCCGAUCAGCUGUCAGAAGGAAGAAAGAAAAGACAUUUAAGUGAGACAGCAGUAGGCGAGAGUAGUGCUCGGUUUGAGACGUUCUCCUUUCAACAUGCAGAACCAGAAUCCCACAGCAGUUUUGCUGCUGCAGCCAAUGUCAGUGCCAUGUCUCGGCCCGCUCACAACACUUCUUCACAGCAUAACUCCAGGAGGAGGUUGAGAAGUGAGAGCUCCUAUGAUAUAGACAACAUUGUUAUUCCCAUGUCGCUGGUGGCACCAUCGAAGUUGGAGAAACUACAGUACAAAGAAAUCCUUACUCCAAGCUGGAGAGUUGUUGAACUUCAACCUUUAGAAAAAUCACAUACAGAUGAAGAAGAGGCAGAAGAUCUGUCCGACGAAGCUUUCUCCUUGCGUCAUGCAAAGUAUGAAGAAAGAGAGCGCGCGAGAUGGUCGCUGUGGGAGCAGAGCCGCUGGCCCAGGAGGAACAGCAGAUCUUACAGCAAAAAUGCCGAUGGCCGACACAGCCAAGACCAGUGUGCUGCUGAGCCUGCUCCCAACCCGACUUUGGAAGCCCACAGCUCUGUUUGUUCAGGGACGGCACCACUCUGCAGGGAGGGCCAGGAAGCAAAGGCUGGGCAGUGGGAACUUCGAGUUUUUCCACUAAAAGAUGAAGAGGUAGAAGCUUUACUGUGCCAAGAUCGAGUAACAAAUGAGGCUGAAAUGUCAAGUGCAGAUUUCCCCAGCAACUCUCCCUGUGCUCUGGGCACACCCACUGCUUUGCCAGACAAUGGCCAUCCACCAAGGAAACAAUCUAGCCAAGAGUCAGAAGACUGCAAAAACAUUUGCCUGGGAAGUAACAGCACAAGUAAACAAAGGUGACAGGGAAUAAUGUGGUUCAUUAAGAAAGCCAAUUAAGGUGGAGAAAAGUGUAAGGUAAAAUCUCUUUCAUUCGCACAGCAUAUGACAGCACAAUUCAAAACCUUUGCGUUAGCUGCAUAUAAUAUAUUUUCUUUCUUGCUUUGUAACAGGCAGGAUAAAUUCCAAAGACAACACUUUCUUCUUCCUGAACCCCAAGAGAAAGUAAUUAUUUCAAGCUGGAAGUCUAAUAUGCCCAGUGUCGCGAGUGGGCACCCAUAAAUUGCUGGCACCAUUCACUGUCUGUUGUCAUAUUGUCACAUUUGUCAAUAAUCAUCCUUUUCUGUUUUGUUUGUUUUCAAAUGCAUUUCUGGUUCUAGUGGACUCUGGUGCAGCAGGAGAUGCUGCCUACCUUAGCCAACAACUUAAAUUGAACACAGAAAAACUACUUGAAAAUAGAGGGGAUAAGAGAUAGCCUCAGAUUAUUUUCCUCUGUGGUAUGACCAUGGGGCAAAAACCUGUCUCUCUAACUGCAUGUGUAAGGUAAUGGUCGGUGAGAACCAGCAGUUCAAAGCAGGUGAUGUGGAAGUUUUGCAUCUGGCUUAAAAUCUGUACUCAGCUCUCAGUAGUGACAGCGCAUGUUUCAUAUCGAUCUCCUCAAGCAAUAAGGUAGAAAUAGCUCACUGUUUCCAUAGUCAAUAUAUCUGCUAUUCAGAAGGUAGGGUCUCUGCUUUGGGCAUGUGGGGAGGGAGAGAGAGGAGGAAAGAGGUGUUGAGUCAAAUCAGUGAUGCAGCCCUUGGAAUACUGUGGUUUGGGUCAUCUUACUUCCUUUGUCCUUCAAUAGCUAAUGAGGCUCAUAAUACUUUGCUUUAAUAUGUUUAAAGUCUUGUUCUAAUUUUGUAUAGUGCCUUUUAAGAGUCUCAUAAGUAUGCCAACAUUUGGUGACUAGCUGGAAAGGAAAAGAUGAUUGAUGUCUAGAAGACCAAUAAAAAAAAAAAAGCCCCAAAGCUUUUCACUGUGAUUCUGGAUAAAUCUUUAAUUUCCCAGCACACUCACAGUGAGGAAACAAAGGCAAGCUGUUUAAACUUGCAUCUAAAUAGCAUAGUUUGGAAUGUAUCUGCAAUCCCAAGAGGUAUUAACAAAGAUUAAACAUUGAAUGUAGGUAUAAUCCAUCAACAGGAUGUUUUUCUGUGUAGGACAGUUGAAGGCAGUUUAAUAGGAGUCUGUGUUUUUAUGCAGUUUUAUUCCACGUGUAAUAUCUGGAAUGGCACUGGACAGAUGACCCAGUUUUAGUGUCAGGUUUUUGUUUUUUCUUUGGUCAAAAUGACAGCAAAUAUACACUGGGCAUCUGAAAACAGUUCAGUAAAGUUUCAACGCUACAACCUAUUGCUACAUUGUAGUUUAUUGCACAUUCUGAUUAUUUUUUUAAACACUUUUUUAACACUGGUUUGUCUUAAACUUGAAUCUUGCCUCAAUGUCUGAUACAAUAAUCUUUGAUGCAAGGUUGUUUUUUUUAAUUAAAAGUUAUUUCUAUAUAUGUUGUAUAUAGUCUGAAUUUCAUGGCUUUUUAGAAGUGAAGUAGCAGUAGCAGUGCUUCCUCUUGGCACAGAGCCCUGCUUGGCCCACAGAUGGCUUUGCAAACCCACUGUAGCUUUGCUGUAGUACUGAGGCUGUGCUGGCGCUUUGGGGCUAAAGGGUCCCCUCAGCACCUCAGUACAGAGGUGGAUGUUGCCCUCUCUUGCCUGCAUGAGCAUCUGCUGCUGGGAGAAGGUUUCUGAAAGGUGUGUGCCUCAGAUGCUUUGCAAGUUUUUUCCAUACCUUUAUCCAUUCAUUAUCGGACCAGCUUUGUUGUAAGGUCAGGGCUUCCUGUGCUGUCUGAUCCCUGAGGCAACAGGAGGAGUUCCUGCACUUCAAGAAAUGGGACAGACCAAGUAAACCAGCCAGCCAGCUGCCUUCCGUGUCCCGAAGGUGCUGCCAGGAAAUGGAAAUGCAAUCCAGUAUGUUACGGGAAGGAGUCAGUUUAAAGUUGUUUAAAAGGAGGCAAAAAAGAGGCAAAAUCGCUCAUACAAUAGGAGCUGGAUUUGCGCUUGGUCAGCCUGGGGAAAUGUAGAGUGUCCUUGCAUUGGCAGUUCAGAUCCUGGCUGCCAAACCAUCGUGUGGCUGUUGGGUCAUUCCAAGUGAGGGCUAAAGCAGCUGCUGGGUACCUUGCCCAGUACAGCAGUCAGCUGGCUAGGCCUGUGACAGCAAACUGUGGCUGCCUGAGAGAUUGCACAACCAGAGCACAGUGCCAGAGCCGUUCCUCCUGCCCAUGGUGCCACCACAGGCCUGCCCCACACAGUGGUGGCAUGCAGGGCUCUGCCAUCAGGUGUGCGGCACAUGCAUGUGCUGGCAAAGGAACAGUCUGUAUUUGCUUUCCCCCAUCACUUCCCACCUGAAGAUCCCACCAUCUGGCAGGGGAAGUGGGCAAUGCUGUGUGCGCAUGGCAAGCGAGAUACAUUUUUGGGAGGCCUUGGGCUGUGCUCCUAACCUGUGGUACCUCUACUCAUCUGCCACCUUGCAGCAGACCUAUGCCCUGCCCUCUCUGUCUCCACUGUGUCUCUGCUAAAGCCAGGAGCAAAUUCAGCGAGGCAUCUAAUUUUUCAGUAGCCCCAUUUCACUACUGGGACAGGGUUAGAAAACUUUCUUAACUCAACCUGGUCCCAGGACCAGCCUCUCUUCAUUUUCAUUGCCUGCAGCCCUUUUCCAAGCAGAACUGGGACUCCUGCCUCCAGACAGCUCAGUUUUACCUGAAUGCUGGUGUUGUGAGGAAGCUGCUGAUGGUGGGAACAGGCUGAGAGCUCAGGCUCAUCCCUGAAGCCACAAAAUGUGUAAGAACCCCCUUCUUGUUUUCUUUCCUUUUCAAAGUUUUAAACAGAAAAAAAACCCAGAAACAAAACCCAGCCUGUUUAAGCUAUCAGAACAGCUGUCAGUGCUGCUCCCAGUGCUCUGACUGAAGGUAUUACAGAGGCUGACUGUGAAACACCAGCUUAAACAUAAUGCAGGGAGGCCCCCCAGGCAAGAAAGUAGGGGUGCACAAAGGCAUUCCAUGUGCUUAAUUUACCGUGUACAAUUGAGAUUUUUUUUUUAAGGCCACUUAUGUUCUGCUCCCUGCUGCUAUGAGGGUUUAAACGCUUCAUCUCUGCAUCCAGGACCUUAAUGGAAUGUAAGUACAAAUACAGACUUCUUAACCCUAUUAAAAUUAAGCCCAGUG